GUGAAAGCACAAGCCAGCUACGCGUGAGCGCGUCCGCCUGAGUCAAUUUAAUGCAGCCAUGCCUUUGCUCCUUCCUCGAGUGCGACCCAAUUCUUCCAUCUAGCAGCAAGCAUGUCUUUGAAACGCAAGGCAGCCGACAUUGCUGCCGCCGAGGCCAAGAAGCCCAAGGUAAACAGCUCCAUCACCAGCUUCUUCGGUCCUCCCGAAACCGUCUCGUCCUCGUCAACGUCAUCGGCCACUCCAGCCAAAGGCUCAGCCGAGUCCGCUACCCCUGCUCCUGCUGUCAAGUUUGACAAGGAGAAAUGGGUUGCCAGUCUCAGCGAUGAGCAGAAAGCACUGCUCAAGCUUGAAAUCGCGACGUUGCACGAGAGUUGGCUUGCCGUACUCAAGGACGAGAUUACGACCAAAUCUUUCCUUGACCUGAAGAAAUUCCUCAAGAGCGAGGCCGAGGCUGGCAAGAAGAUCUUCCCUCCUUCCGAGGAUGUUUAUAGCUGGUCGCGACACACGCCGCUCAACACAGUCAAGGCCGUCAUCCUCGGCCAGGACCCGUAUCACAAUCACAACCAGGCUCACGGUCUCUGCUUCUCCGUCAGACCCCCUACUCCCGCUCCUCCCUCGCUCCAAAACAUGUACAAAGCAUUGAAAAAGGAAUACCCUGCAUUCGAGCCUCCACCGAACAAGGGCGGUUUGCUCACACCGUGGGCCGAUCGUGGUGUCCUGUUGUUGAACACCUGCUUGACAGUUCGUGCCCAUGAGGCCAAUUCUCACGCGGGUAAGGGCUGGGAGAAGUUUACACAAAAGGUCAUUGAUCUGGUGUGUCAAAAGCGCACCAAUGGCGUUGUGUUCUUGGCCUGGGGCAGUCCUGCACAGAAGCGAUGCGCGGGUAUCAACGCCUCUAAGCAUCAUGUGCUUAAAAGUGUUCAUCCCAGCCCUCUGAGCGCUCACAAAGGCUUCUUCGACUGCGGUCACUUUACCAAGGCGAACGAAUGGCUUAAAGAGAGGUAUGGUGACGAGGGCGUAAUCGAUUGGAACCUGAAUGUUGAUCCCAAAGACGCUGGCGUCUAGCGAUGUUGAGGAUAUGCGUAAUGACUGUAAUAUCUAUCUAUAAAGUAUGGACAAAAGAAUGGCUAUCUUCGAGACUGCAC